AUGGUGAACACAAUUGAUCAUGGUGGUAGUGACGAUGAUGACCUCUUUCUGGGUGAAAUUCCGCAAAACCCAGUAGGCUAUGAAGGGUAUGCAUCUUACUCUAAUCCAAGGCACUCCACUACUCCGGUGCCCAGGAAUUCAAUUUAUCCUGGUGGAUAUGUGGGAGAGCAGUUUCUGUUAGCAUCUCCUCCACCUCAACGUUUUGCGAACAGCGCUGAAACGUUGGAGACUCCCUUUUCCCACAACAGACAUCAAACAAGCUCCACAUUCAGCAGCAAGUUUGAUGAUGAACACGCUUAUGAGUAUUGCGGUUCGCUGUCGUUGAAUACGUUACCAGGUCAGAACAGCAAAUCUAAUAGUCGAAACGAUCUAGACUUUCCUGAAAAUGUUUACAGCCCUAGAAGAAAUGACUACACACUGUACUCUCCAUAUUCUCCUUAUAGUGGUCCAUCAUAUAGACCUCAGUCGUACCAAGACUGUGGCCCUCCUUUGACGCAUAGUGGAGAAGAUUAUAUCAUUAAUCCGUUAGAAGAUAUCGAUGAUGACAUGGACCCGUUUGGCGACGAUGCAUCUUUGUAUUCUGAAACUGGCGAAGAUAUAGUGAGGCGUGCUACCAUCAGGAGAUCUGGAACCAAGAAAAGUAAAGAUGGAAAGAUAGAGGAAAAGCAAACAUAUGAUGAUAAUGACGACGAUGACUACAAACCAGCUUUGCGCUACACGAAAACCGUCAAAAAGGCAAGGUUAGUCAACGGUAAUUAUAUCAUUGAUGCUCCUGUUCCUGAAACAUUGUUCAACAACUAUGGUGGUCUGAUUACAGACGGCGGAAAAGAAAUGUCACUUUUGAGAUACACUGCAUGUAUAUGUGGUCCUUCCAACUUCAUGACCUAUGGUUAUAAUCUCAGACAAGGUUUAUAUUCUCCCCCUAGAGAAACCGAAAUAAUGGUAUGUGUUACCAUGUAUAACGAAGAUGAGCUCUCAUUAGCAAGAACUUUAAAAGGAAUUUUUGAUAAUAUCGAAAAUCUUACUAGAAGACGGGAUCCUACUUGGGGUGAAGAUUCAUGGAAAAGAGUAGUUGUUACCAUCGUUAGUGAUGGUAGAGCAGCUUUUGAUGAGAGGUCUCAAAAUUUGCUUGCUGCCUUGGGAGUGUACCAAGAUGGUUAUGCGAAGUCAAAGAUCAAUGAAAAGAAGGUGAAGGCACAUAUUUAUGAAUAUACAACGACAGUUGGGAUUGAUAGGAUCAAUGAGAGGGUUCAUUUAUGCUCAAACUCUUCACCCGUUCAGAUCAUUUUUUGCUUGAAGGAAAAGAAUGGCAGAAAGAUCAAUUCUCAUAGAUGGUGCUUUCAAUCAUUUGCACCUAUAAUCAAGCCACGGGUUGUCAUUUUACUCGAUUGUGGAACCAUGCCAGCAUACGACUCAUUUUAUCAUCUUUGGAAAUCAUUCCGUGACCCCAGUGUUGCGGGAGCUUGUGGGGAAAUUCAGAUAGCUCUCGGUCAAGGCAAGAGAGAGCUUAGAAAUCCUUUGGUAGCGGCACAGAAUUUCGAAUAUAAAAUUGCUAAUAUUUUAGAUAAGCCUAUGGAAUCCGUUUUUGGCUUCAUAUCUGUUCUUCCAGGUGCAUUUUCUGCUUAUAGAUACGAGGCUCUUUUGAACGUCGAUGGAAAAGGGCCAUUAGAGAAAUACUUUAAAGGAGAAUUUUUGCAUCAGGACAAUAAGGUUGGAAAUGAUGAUGAUGAUGAUGAAAAAGAGUUGAAAGAAAGGAACUAUCAUGAAGCAGGAAUUUUUGCAUCAAAUAUGUAUUUAGCGGAAGACAGAAUCUUGUGUUUUGAACUUGUUGCGAAGAAGCAUCAUAGCUAUGUCUUGAGAUAUGUGAAUGAGGCUAAAGCUGAAACUGAUGCUCCUAACAAAAUAGACGAUUUUGUAUUGCAGAGAAGAAGGUGGCUCAAUGGUUCACUUUUCGCAGCUGCAUAUGCGGUUGUGCAUUGGACUAAGAUAUGGAAAUCGAACCAUUCCUUGCUCAGAAAGCUUUUUUUACAAUUAGAAUUCUAUUACCAAUUAGUGACCUUGUUGGUGUCUUGGUUCUCAAUGGCUUCUUUUUUUCUUGUCUUUAGAAUUUUAACCGCAAACGUUGGAGCGGAUGAUAUGAAUUUCGAUGCUGGAAAAUACAUCUCGGUUAUCUGUCUAUGGGUCUACUUAGGAUCAUUGGUCUGCACUUUUGUUUUGGCAUUUGGUAAUACUCCGCGAGGCACGAAGAAGUUCUAUUUGGCGAUAUCUGUGAUCUUUGCGAUUUUAAUGGCAUACAUGAUAUUUGCAACUAUUUACUUGGCAGUCCAUACGAUGUAUUCAGUCAUAAAAGAUCACGAAAAUGACUUCGUCGCCUCCAUGCUAAUGACUAACUACAAAUUCAGAGACUUAGUCGUGUCUGUCGCUUCAACUUAUCUUCUAUAUUUCAUCGGAGCAUUCAUGUACGGUGAGCCGAGUUUUAUGUUCACGUCUUUUGCCCAAUAUCUUGCUCUCUCCCCGUCUUACAUCAAUGUGCUCAAUAUCUACUCAUUUUGCAACAUCCACGAUAUAUCUUGGGGUACCAGGCAAAUUGACAACCCUAGAGACUUGGGUUCAGCCAGGUCUACUGGCCAUCGGAAGGAUGAAUUGGUUAUGGUGGCUCCGGGUGACGCCCAAGAAUUGAACGAUGCGUACAAUAAUGCCUUGGAAAACUUGCGAACUAUUCCGGUUCAACCUACAAGAAUCAACGAUAAGAAAGAAAAAGACGACGCGUAUUAUGCAUUUGUAAGAACGGUGACAGUCUUAGUAUGGCUCUUGACAAAUGUCAUUCUCAUAGCUAUAGUUUUGGAAACUUUUGGAGUCUCUACAUUGGCUAAUGAUAGCCUUUCGCUGGAAAAUAAAGACGGAUCAAUUGGAGGAAACUCCACAGUCUUUUUAACAGUAAUUUUGUGGGUUGUUGCUGGAUUAGCAGCCUUUAGGUUCAUCGGAAGCACGCUCUACAUGAUAUUUAAAGUGUUCCGGCCAUUAAAGUGGAGACUUAGGCAACCGAAACUGGCUUGA